AUGGCUAAGAUAGGGCAACUUCUAACCCUUGUUAGCUGUAUCUUGGUACACCACAGCGUAGUGUCAGCGGUGGAAGAGGAGGAAAAUGAAGGAUCCUGUUCCCGACAGUUCAACAACCAUCAGAACAUCACGGUGGUGGCCGCGCCCGGGCCGGUCGGGCCGAAAGGGGACAUGGGACCGAGAGGUCACGCCGGGACGCCAGGUGAGACAGGUGUGAGAGGGGCGCCAGGUAAGCUGGGGCCGGUCGGACCGAGGGGCGAGAGGGGAGACAAAGGUGAGCGGGGACCGGCAGGUGAGAAGGGAGCACCUGGCACCAGCCCACCUGCUCCACCCGUCGUGGCGUUCUCCGUGGCGCGAACGGGCAUUCUCACGACGUCCCAAACGAGGGUGCUGACGUAUGACGUCAUCCUUAGCAACGUUGGCGGGGCGUACACGGAGGGAACGGGCAAGUUUGUGGCCACGUUCGGGGGAGUCUUUUUCUUCACGUUCACCGGAAUGACUGCGAAUGCUGCCAAUAGCAAUUACUAUCUGCGUCUCAUGAAGAAUGGGGAGAAGAUGGUGAGUCUGCACGAGAAUAACGGAGCACAAGCUCAGUACCAGGCCGCCAGUAACAGCGCCAUACUGAUGCUGCGUCCCGGAGACCAGGUCUGGGUGGAGCUGGACAAGAGCGGGCGCACCGUGUUCAGCAACGUCAACAGGUACCUGACGUUCUCCGGGUUCCUUAUUCACGCUGACUGA